AUGAAAUGGGCGAGCUUUUUGAAGUUUCUGGGAAUAUCAUCGAGUGCGGGCGAGUCCUACCCCGAUGGAAACUACGUGGGGACUCUCAACAACAAAGAAGUCACCAUAUACAACACAUCCCAGCCCACCUACAGGCUCGUGUACGACCACCAUGUAACAGGAGUCAGGCUGCUCAACCUGCAGGCCAUAAAAAAGAACAAAAAACACAUUAAUGCAAUUAUGGUCCUAUCUAAAACAGGCGGAGAUAACGAGUACAAAAUACUCAUAAAGCCAGGAGACAGGCCAGCAUCCCUCAAAAACAGGACACAGAAGCUCUUGUGUGUGGUUAAGAGUGAGUACAAAAUAACCGCAUGCAAGAAGGAUGCAAGUUCGCACACUUAUACACUUAAGUGGAGGAUCAAGCCAUUCACCAACGGGUAUAAAAUAACAGACAGUGACACUGAAUCGUGUCUUGUCAGAGACACAGACCAUGGAAUACUAAAAAUAGAGUCCUGCAGUAAAAGCACGCCUGAGCAGCGGUUUGAUAUGCUGGAAGUAGCAGACGAUCCGUACAAAUCGCUGUACCUCGGGGCAGGGCAAUUGCUUGCGUACGAGAUGCAGUCGAGCGGAGCAGGAGGAUCACUUCCCAGCUGGAUGAUCAAGGGGCUGGCGGGUGGUGGGAGCCAUCAUCACAAUAGUUCAGGUAACAAUGGAAAUAAUCAUUAUGACGAAAAUGGAAAUUAUAACGGAAAUAGUCCAUGGCGCAAUCAUGAUGGAUAUGGAGAGAAUGGGAAUCCACACCAAUCAGGCAAUGGAUAUAACCCAUCUGGGCCUUCGUCUUACUGGAACCACAACAACAAUCAGCCGUGGAUGGGUGACCAAGGAGGAAAUGGUGGGCAUGGGAAUAAUGGAUGGAAUAAUGGUAACAAUGGAAAUAAUGGUCAUGGUAUGAAUAACGGUAACAGUGGAUGGAAUAAUGGUCAUGGUAUGAAUAACGGAAAUAAUAACUGGAAUAAUAAUGGAAAUAAUAACUGGAAUAAUGGGCACAAUGGAAAUAACGGACAUAAUGGGUGGAAUAAUGGAAAUAAUGGCCAUGGUGGAAAUAAUGGAAAUAAUUGGAAUAAUGGACCGAGUGGAAGUAAUGGUCAUGGUAUGAAUAACAAUGGAUGGAAUAACGGUCAUGGAAAUAAUAACUGGAAUAAUGGACAUGGUGGGCUAGGCGGUAACAAUGGAUGGAAUAGCGGAAAUAAUGGAUCAGGCAACAAUAAUAAUAACUGGAGCAAUGGAGCUGGUAUGGCAGGGAGUGGAAGCCAUAUCAUCAACUUGCAUGAUCUUGGUAAUAAUAUUGUACGACUGAAGGACAUUGUUAAAACGCUUAAAACAUUCUGCACGGAGGCCUUCAGCGACUUUGGAAUGUGUGCACAGUCGAAUAGUAUGGGCGAUAUGAGCGAGCAGCAGAUACAGGAUCUUAUCUCAAAACACAUAUCACCAGAGCAGGCGAGAGGAAUAAUGGAGAAAUACGGCCCAAAUAGAUCAGAAAGUCAUAAGAAUGCUCGCAGAGACAGGACAAGACACUCUAGAAGAAAAACAGGAAGAGAUAACGAACUAUCUAGAGACUCACCAGGCUACGAAAGAUCGCAUAGAAGGAUAAAUGACCGCACGGAAAGAAGAGACUAUGUAACAGAUGGUAUGCAUAGGCAUUACUCUGAUAAUAAUGAAGUAUCGCAUAGACCAUCUGAAGAAUACCGUUAUGCCAGAGGAAGAAGGCCUUUAAGCAGACAUAGAAGUAGAUCUAGAAACAGAAAGCUACUUGAGUGCUAUUCACUAGAUGAUGUAGACUGCGAGCCACGCCGCAGCAGAAAUAGACACGAAAUAUCUGAUGACAGACGCUUUUAUACCGAGAGACCAGCACGAAUUUACGACACAGAGCACACAGACGACAGAAUAUAUCCCUCAUCCAGCGCAAGGCGAAGACACAGAGGACACAGCUAG